AGUGUGUCAGGCAGUCCAGUGGCGACCGUGGCUGGGGCAGCACGUCGCGCUCCGCUCUGCGCCCGUUACCGCCACUUGAUUCUCACGCCCGUGUGUCGAACCUCCGAGGCUUCCGCCGCUAGCCUUGUUCUUUCCUUGUUAGUGAAAGCGCCGACCACUAGUUGUCUCCUCUAGCAAGAUUCUUACACCAAACUUCCUAAGAAGCGAGCGAGUGCGAGAAUUAAGCAUUAGCCCUUGACUCUCCCAGUCCUUGACGUCUGAACCCUAAACCCAAGGUCGGUGAUCCUCCCGCGAGGCCCGGCCCCAGGUGGAGGUAGGACAGACUCUGGUGGUGUCACCAGGUGCCACACACCCAUCCACCCUCACCGCACCUGAGUCCUGCCAUAGGGACGUAAGCCAAACCCAUCGAUCCUUUCCUACAAGAGCACGUGAAGAGGCAAGGCGUAAUUGUUAUGCAAAUAUAGAGCCAGUAGGCCCACUGCGUAGCUUGAGCUGGCCAGGGUUACCUGCUCCCUGACUGUUGGCCGUUACCCCUCAUUAAGAGUGACCUACCUGGCCGCAGCGUGACCCCUGAGUCUGCCCCGGAGAAGCAAGUUUAACAUCCGGCCAAACGAAUUAGGUGGCCGGGAGGAGACGGGCAGAGGUAAAUGAACAGAGGUGGUCGACUGUCCGCUUCUGCUGCGCACUGGACACACCAAGUCGUCUGCUAGCCCACACUCCCUCACGUAUACUUCUCGAGUGCCUGUCUAAACCGACACCUUUCAUAGUAAUAGUGAUGGCGUGGCGGAGCGUGGUGGUGGUGGCGUGGGUGAUGGUGACAGCGGUGUGCGGGGCGGAAGCGCGCGACCCCUUAGUGGUGCAGACGCUGAAGGGCUCUGUGCGAGGCGUCACGCUUACCACAGUCACGGGCCGCCAAGUCGACGCUUGGUACAACAUACCUUUCGCCCAGCCACCCGUUGGAGAUCUCCGCUUCCGUCAUCCAAGACCCAUCGACCGAUGGCAUGGCGUGAAGGACACCAUUAUGCUGCCUAAAUCCUGUGUCCAACUACCCGACACGUUCUUUGGGGACUUCGAUGGCUCAACUAUGUGGAAUCCUAACACCGAAAUGAGUGAGGACUGUCUCUACCUCAACGUAGUGGUUCCGAAGCCUCGGCCACGCAAUGCUGCCGUCAUGGUGUGGAUAUACGGAGGCGGAUUCUACUCCGGCACCUCCACACUGGACGUAUACGAUUACAAGAUGCUGGCAGCAGAGCAGGAGGUCAUCGUGGUGGCGCCGCAGUACCGUGUCGCUUCUCUCGGUUUCCUCUAUAUGGAGAACUCCGACGUGCCCGGGAAUGCUGGGCUCUUCGAUCAACUUAUGGCUCUCCAGUGGAUUCGUGACAACAUUCGUCUUUUCGGUGGCAAUCCCGAAAAUAUUACUCUCUUUGGUGAGUCUGCAGGCGCCGUCAGUGUCAGCAUGCACCUACUGUCUCCGCUCUCUCGUCACCUGUACAGUCAAGCCAUUAUGCAAUCAGGUUCAGCCACCGCGCCCUGGGCAAUCAUCACCAAGGAGGAGAGCAUCCUGCGAGGCCUACGACUCGCCGAAGCUGUUGGUUGCCCACAUGACCCCAACAAUAUGACAGCAGUCGUCAACUGUCUCCGUGAAACGGAUGCCCAAAAGCUGGUGCAUAAUGAACCGUCUUCUGGCAUCUGCGAGUUCCCCUUCGUGCCCAUCAUUGACGGUUCUUUCCUCGACGAACUACCCGGCAAAUCCCUUAAAAACAAAAACUUCAAGAAGACCAACAUCAUGAUGGGAAGCAACACAGAGGAAGGAUUCUGGUUUAUCAUAUAUUUUCUCUCUAACAUAUUCCGCCGGGACGAUGACAUCUCUGUGACACGGCCACAAUUCGAAAACUCAGUGCGCGAACUCCAUCCGUACUUCAACGAAGUGGUCCGCCAAGCUAUCAUGUUUGAAUACACGGACUGGGUCGCCCCCGAUGAGGGCGCCAUGUAUCGUAACGCCAUUGAUAAGAUGGUAGGCGAUUAUCACUUCACCUGCAACGUCAAUGAGUUUGCGUACCACUAUGCCGCGGCCGGGAACAAUGUUUACAUGUACUACUACAAGCAUCGGUCCUCACAGCACCUCUGGCCUAAAUGGAUGGGUGUUCUUCACGGUGACGAGAUCAGCUUCCUCUUCGGCCAGCCUCUUAACCCUGAAAAAAGCUAUACGGUGGAGGAGCAGGAACUCUCCAGACGGAUAAUGACCUACUGGGCCAACUUCGCCAAAACCGGGAACCCGAGCGAGGGAACCAAAAGUAUGUGGACGAAGACGUACUGGCCGGUGCACACCACCACAGGCCGGGAGUACCUCACCCUCGACAUCAACAACUCCACCACUGCCACCACUGGGAAGGGCCCUAGACUCAAAAAAUGUGCCUUCUGGAAAAAAUUCGCACCUAAACUACUCAAACUUACAGCCGACAAGAAGGACAAGGCCCCGGAGCAGUGCCCGAGUAGUACCAGCGGCGUGGGCGUGAGAGACGUGGGCAUGGGCACGGCCCUGGUGACACCCGUCCUCUUGGUCUACUCCUCCAUGACCCGCCCGUGAGGAGAGUCACGCCUGCCUCACCUUACAACACACAAACGCCUCUACUUGUAACAGCCGCCGUUGAGGACAGAGGCUGUUCAAAACUGAAGACGACGAUAAGUUGCUGUUUGACGCCGCUUUAAGUAUGUUGAAGACGACGACAAGUUGCUGUUUGACGCCGCUUUAAGUAUGUUGAAGACGACGACAAGUUGCUGUUUGACGCCGCUUUAAGUAUGUUGAAGACGACGACAAGUUGCUGUUUGACGCCGCUUUAAGUAUGUUGAAGACGACGACAAGUUGCUGUUUGCUGCCGCUUAGUAUGUUUACGGGACGAGUCGUCGCGUCGUCCCGCUAGAUGAGUGCUAUUUAGCCAGAAUCUGCCGCGCUAAAGCAGUUUAUACACAGAUUCUGUAGCAGUGCUAAAGUGUCGAGUACAGUUUGAGCUGACAGUGGUUACAGAGGACAAAAAGAUUGGUCUAACUGAAAGUUGUGGAAAAAUCAUCUCCGUUUCAGACUGCAAAACAUUGUGCUGUUAACGUUGCAGUUAAAGAAAGAGUUCCAUAACCUAGGAAACGGACAGACAGCCAAGGAUAUAUUACCUCUAAGGGCUCCAAGGAGGGGGAUUAAACAUGGAGUGAUACUUGGGACUCAGGGCAGAGAUAACGGGAGAUCCCACAGAGUGUAGGAAAGGGAAGGUCCCUCAGGGUAUGUUGUAUGGGAGCGUCUCAGGAUCAAAGCUGGCACUUGCUACAUUAUAAUCGUCUAAGAUAGCCUAUAUGUAUAGUAAGGAUGAAGUGGCUAGACUAAGGUGGAGUUGUCCUGUUGUGUGACGUUGGGUGGCGAGGGAGGGAGACAAGUGUGGAAGGCAAGGACACUCCGCUGCCUAGACCGCUCGCCUUGUCCAGGGACAGUCAAGCCAGCAGUCUUAAGGUCGUCAAUAAGGCUUUCUUCUUGCUAGUUAAUUAGCGGAAGGUGAGCCUUAUUAACACCUUGCAUCUUAACUAAGUAUUCGCAUUGUUAGACCUCGUAUUUUGGUUCUUUAGUAAAGCCUCGCCAAUAGCUUGGACGUGGUAUAGCGAGGACUCACUCAUUACCAAGAAGUCAUGUACCCUACGCCUGCUGUAGGAAUGGGGUGGAAUUCUACCACUUUCUUGAGGCAUUCAGCAAAAUGUCUCUUUCUGGACGCUACGCAGAGUUAUAGCCCGUAAGAUGCGUGCACGCCCUAAUCUACUCCUCUUUAGAGAUGACACCCUGACUCAGACAACUCAUACAUAUCUCUCCAGUAGUUCUAGAAUUUCCCAUACAGUGUGCUUGGUUUCAUCAGGUGUCCCGUGGUCCUCAUGUUUUGGUUGGUAAAAAUAUGGACUACCACUAGCAUCCCUAACUCCGUCUGGUAACUACAGAGAUUCCAAUCAGAGGAGAGACACUGGUUGUAUGUGAGAUUUAUGAUAGGAGAUUAAAGAUAGCAGAUAACAUCACUCUAACCAGGUUACAUACAUCUGAUACUAUAUCCCGUCAAAAUAGCUAUGUAUUCCAGUGUCUGUGGCGUAAAAGAUGUGGCAAGGGGGAUCAAAAAGUAGCCGUUUUGGCGGGAAAUAGUCACAAAUUCGCCAAUGGUUCCUAAAGUGUGACUCUCGGUCUUCAUUCCUAUCUUAAAAUAUCAUAUAUCUCCAUGACUCCUGGAUCUGAUGCUAAUGGUAGUUUUAAUAUUCACUAAUAUGAAUUUUUUUUCUCCGCUAUAUACUAGUUAAAUCGACUUGACUCAGAUGUUGGCGUAAAUUGCACAAGAAACACACCCGUUGUUAACUCUUGUCUUAAGUGGAUUAUAAUAAUCAUACUGUCUAACCUCUUUGCCUGAUAAAACGAUCAUAUGACAGAGCUCGUAUAGUCGUUUUAUUCCUCAUAUAUUCUUCAUAAUCUCAGAUAAUCACUGUCACAUAAGAGAGAAGAUAUAAUGAUAGCUCUUGGUUGAUACCGAGGACGAUUUUGAUGUUUGAUUUUAGUAUAAGUGACAUGCGGAGCCCGUCGAGAUGACGUCAAUGGUAGCUCACUGUAACCAUAGAUAGUUUAUAAUCCAACCCCACCCACUAUAGCGUUAAGGCUAGUAUAUAGCUAUAUUUCAUGCGACUUCCCUUUUAUUUUGAAGGCUUAUUAAGAAAUUCUAUGAUGGAUAAGAGCCGUCGCUUGCAUCAGGGUAUGAACAUAAGGGACCUAGCCUGAGUCCCUCACCCGCUUGUUUGACUGCCUGGUGCCUCCUUCCCACGGGCUCCCCUCCUACACUAAAAUCACGUUUUUCUUGUUAGUUCAUAUGUACAUUCUUGAGAGUUUCCUCUUUGUUUCGUCCUUUCUAGAUAGCUUUACAAAAUAUUAUUAACUUAAGGAUAUCUCUAAUGUCAAAUGUCUAUGGUAUACUGUUGCCGACUGCCUCUGAUCGUUCGUAUGCUUGUGGGUGUUAAACUAUGUACAAACAUUAGCAAGGCGUUUAGUCGCAUUGAUUAUCUCUUUUUGUGUAAUAAUUCGGGCAGGUUCAAAAACAUUGUAGAUCAAACAAAAAAUCAAAUGAUAUAUAGUGAAUACGGUAUUUUACGAGUGCUGAAAACCGACUAGACUAAAUGUUAUCCAAAUGUGUCUUUUGGACCUGCUUAGCUGAGCAUACUGAGACAGAACCUGUUAUAAUGUAGCCAAUCAGAACUCGCGGGGUGGUUUGCUGUGCGUUCUAAUUGGUCAAUUCUAGUGAAGACAAUACGAGGGAUGUGACUCCUAAUAAGUCAAAGGGUAGAUUUUAUUCUUCUGCUAACACACACACACACACACACACACACACACACACACACACACACACACACACACACACACACACACACACACACAUAAACAAGGCUAUGUAAACCUUCUCGUGUUUAUUGUACAUAUGGGAAAUACUAAAUACCUUCUAUUCUCUGCUGAGAAGUGCUUCGUUUUACGGAAGUACUUGUAAUGAUACGUGUCUUGCAUGUGUAUAUAUACAGCAGUAUUUGUAGCGUCUCGGAGUAUAUAGUUCUAUUCAAUAUAUUACAAUAUAAUUAGUAGAUUUUCUUCACAAUUAUUCAUAAAUUUUGUUUGUGGUGUAGUGUAUGACCCUCCAGUAGACCUUGCUGUUAUGCUAUUGGUGCUUAAAGUCCCUAGGGUCAUUCUCCAAUUUCAAGGCUCUUCGGUAAGUCUCAUUAAGCCACUAUAUGACAUAAAGAGUAAAGGCCUUACUGAAUACUCAUAAGACUGGAGAAGCGCCCUAGAUAGCCGCCUAGAGCAAGAGAAACCCUUCGAUUUUCAGCCUUUUAUCUCAAUUUAGACCCGAUCACUGCCGCAUACAUGACGUGCGCUGCUGCUUCCUGCUCCUGGUAAGCACUCCGUGAAGGUUUUCCGUUCUACUUCAGUCAGAAUGUGAAGCUUUUUGGAAUGUUCCCUGGGUUAAGGAAUACCAGUACCGUUGCACGUAGCCCUCCGACGUCGUGGAAAGCCAAUAGAAACCAAGGGAUAAUGUCACGUGGUCAAACAGAAGUAUGUCCAGUUGUCGGUGUAGUCACUGCACCAUGAUCAAAGAAAAGCAUCCUUAAUGGGAAGGUUGAUGGAAGUAUCUCAGUGACCAGUGAUGUAGAGAGAAAAAGUUGUCUCGUGUAUGACAAUGAUCAAAGUACAGUUGAAAAUGAAAGAGCCAGAUAUUGAGGCUUCACUGUGUCUCUAUUGUUAAGAACAUUUGAAUGUGUGUCACCUGACCAAGUGGUUCCCUACCGCGCGGGAGUGUGAUGAAGUGUGUCUAGCCGUGACCCCGACCCUCAACAUCACCUCGGCCAUCCCGGGCAAUCCCAAGAAAUGAACCGAAACACAGAUCAGCGGGCUGAGGCGGGCCCAGACAGUGGUAAAACAUGAUGUCUCUUAAGGGCAAUAUAUAACUAACAUCACAUAUCUGUCACGACUAGACGUAUGUGUGUGUGGAUUACCACUACCAGUCCGCGAGUGCCCGCUGAGUCCACGCACCACGUUGGAGUCGUCGGAGGGCAGGAACAGCCUGUUCAUCCCCAGCUUUCCAAAAGUUUAUUUGAGGAUGAUUAGCUCAUCUUAAAUGCCAUUAUUUUUGCCUUUUAUGACAUUCAUGAUAAUCAAAUACGACUUUUCGAAGCACUGACGCAACUAUUUUUUUUUCUUAGAUAUAAGUGAUACAUGUAAUUUAUUUCAUACAUAACCAUCGUUGAUCAUGUUAGUAAACUCUCACACUUACGUUCGUUGUUGUUCUCUAUCUCUUGUGAAAUGUUUAUUAAAAAUGAUCGAAAUGUUACAAAAUUACUAUAGAUAUAAAUAAAUUUCUAAUCACAACAUAGUAUUAUAUUCAGGUCUUGUUGAUUAGCUGAAUUUACUAUCAAACAAAGGGAAUAGAUUUUUAAAGUUUAUUCACAUUCAGGAAAUUCAGAGCAGUGCAAUUAUAAAAUUCCCGCAUGCGUCUAGCAGAACAAAUAUCACCGCGUUUGUUUACCUUGCCAGCCUUCCUGUCUGCCUACAUGAGGGCGCCCUGUGUUCCUCUGUUGGCUGCUACACAUACUUUACCUCCAUCACACCCCAAGCUGUGUUCUUCCUCUCGCGCUUAAGAGACAAGAGUCGAUACAGAGGGCGGGAGGGAGCGAUAAAGAACAACUGAAACACAAGCACUUGGGUCUGAAGUCCAGUAUCAAGUUGACACACACACACACACACACACACACACACACACACACACACUAAAACUUCAUGAAAAAGCCAAAGUGCCAUCCCACACACACAUUCAAGCACAACAGGUCCGCAAAAUUAACGAUGGAUAUACACCAUGAUGCCAUAGAGGCCCACAAUACCAAUAAACUACGAGGGUGACACAUGAACGAUCCUCACUGACUCUCACAAAAGAUCCUCCCAGUAAAUCAACAUAUCAACACAACACGCAAUUAAACUUCUUGGGAAAACCAGUCUGGCAAGUCAAGCCAAACUGUCUCGAGUUCCCUCUCCCCAUCUGACGCUCUAACUCUCUUCACAGCUCUGCGUUUUCCCUCAAUUGCGUUUAUCCUUUGUUUUCAUUCUCCUGCUUCAGUCACUCUAGGGGAAUACUCUUCAGUAUAUCUCCGUCAGGGAAGAAGAUCUCUAGGGUCAUGCAGUUAGUCAGUCAGCUAUAGAAAUAUAGGUACUGCUUCUUUCUCUCUAAAGACAUUCAGUUGGUAUAUCUCACAAGCGCUGGUGAGUCGUCGAAAUGGUAGAUCACCGAGGAGCACAGCUGGUGUUUCUUAGAGCACAGCUGAUGUUUCUGAGAGCACAGCUGUUAUUUCUAAGAGCACAGCUGGUGUUUCCUAGGAUCUACACAGUUGACAGGUGUUUCUAGAUAUAGAGCUGAUUGGAUUUCUAGAUGGUCGCAAGUAUUAGAUUUUCUUAGCGAUGUUGCCAAAAAAUACGCAGCAGCUAUAACAUGGCAAAUGAAGAGUGACUUUGUGAAUUUACUGACGCCAAAAGUAUUUCCCAAGACUGUUAUUCCACCCUCAACAUUAUUCAGUUUCCAAUUUUUUCCAGAUCAAUUGUAGUGCUUCUGUAAGGUUGUUUUUCCUCCUCAUAUUAACGAUAAAUUAAUCCUUAUUGACUGACUACUACUUAUACUUUUGAGAAUCAUCACUCUCCAAUAUUUACUCAAUUUUCACUCACAAAAUAUAUUACAAAACUCUCUCUCUCUCUCUCUCUCUCUCUCUUGAAAACUGGUAUAUGUAAAAUUAUAUGUAUAUCGUAGUAACAUCAAUAAAGUUUUUACGAUUA